GUUCCGCGGACACCCGCCGUGCGCGUUCGCGCUUGGGUGUAACUGGGGCGCCGUCUCCCAUCGCCGCGCGCGCCUCGAGAACCAGAGCCUCGAGUGAGGACCACACUGGGCAAUUGGGGGCGGCUUUAGUUCUCCCUCAGCAUUUUCCGUCCGCGACCAUGCAAGAGGCCCUGCUGCUGUUGCCUUCCUUUAGUGUCUCAAACGGAACCUUCCCGACCCUCCCCGAAGCGUCCAGCCUCCCCCUCCAGCACAACGGUGCUGGCCACCUCAGAGGCCGGUGGGAUCCGAGGUCGUGUCAUUCACCGGGCUUUCCUGGCUCAUUCGUGGACAGUAGAUUCUACGUUAUUUUUCUGGACAUUUGGAUAUCAGUUUAUUCAGCUUAAAACAUGUGACCUUGUCGCCAAAAUCAUCCAUUCUUACGUGGUCUUGAAGGACUGACAAGCCACGAUUUAGACGUCCAUAUUUCUUUAAAAUCACAAAUGAAAACACCUUUUAAAAGUCAGAAUUCCCUAGUCAGUUAUGUUGGUGACCGAUCAGCACUUGCGUUUGGUGGGAAAGUUUUGGAAGAAGCUUUAAGUAGCUUCUUGGGCCCCUGGUUUUACCGUGCAGAAGGCGCAGGCCGCUCUCGGGACUGGAUCCGGACCGGACGUGCCGCCUCCCCAUCCACCUGCCUGGCCUCACGCUGCCGGCGUGGCUCCCUGUGGCGUGAGGAGCGUUCCUUGCAGAUGAAAUGGCAGAUCACAGCGCCGCCUGCACAUCCAGCCAUUCGCCCCACCAGCCCGUCCCAUUCUCAGUCAAGAUAUGCUGGGUGUAAAGAUGACCAAUUGCCUGGCUCCGCCGGUGCGUGGGAGCAAACCCAGCUCCAGCGACGGGAGCGGAAGGCACUCCUUUUCCACCGAAGCUAGGUUUUCCCGCGGGCUCUGGAAGAGGGAUGAAGUCAGGUUUUCAAUGUUUUCCCAAGUAGACUUGCAGUGGUUUCACAGAAGUAGCCUUCCUGUUAUAAACUCUAACGAAAAGCUCUCCCCUUGGAUUGCUUUUUAUCAACUAGCCACCCUCUGGAAGAGACCUUUAGUUUUUGAAAGGUGUUUGGAGUCCGGCCUUACCUCGCGCUGCUCGUUCCCAGCUGCUUCGAUGUACCCACAGCACCUCCAGGUCCCAGCAGCCCGUCGGUCCUCCCCGGUUUCUUUUCACUCCCGCAGCCCCGCGGCGUGCAGCCUGGCUCUACCGAGGAAGACUUGCAAGAGCCCUAACGUGACCUGCAGGAAGAUCACUGCCCUGUACGUGUGGGGCAGAGCCAGGCAAGAGGUGCACAGAGGCCAGAGCUGCCGACCUGUGCAGCCCACGGGAGGAUGUCUCCUAGCCUUCAGGAGGGCGCUCGGCUUGGGGAAAGCAAACCCUCGCCCUGCUCCUUUUCAAUUGAGAGCAUUUUAGGACUGGACCAGAAGAAAGACAGUGUUCCAUCCAUGAAACCCCACCGGCCUUGGGCAGACACCUGCAGCUCCUCAGAGAAAGAUGUUAACCUAUAUCUACAUGUCCCAAGCCUUCCAAAUGGGAUUUUAUUCUCUUGUACUGGUGAUCACCCAGUGCCAGAAGAAAGAGUUAUGAAAUAUGAAAGUUACUUUUCAACCUCAGAAAGACUAUCUUUGAAAAGAGAGUUGAGUUGGUAUAGAGGCAGAAGACCAAGAACUGCUUUUACUCAAAACCAGAUUGAAGUGUUGGAAAAUGUCUUUAGAGUAAACUGCUAUCCUGGCAUUGAUAUCAGAGAAGACUUAGCUCGAAAAUUGAAUCUAGAGGAAGACAGAAUCCAGAUAUGGUUCCAAAAUCGGCGUGCCAAACUGAGGAGGUCUCACAGAGAAUCACAGUUUCUAAUGGUGAAGAAAAACUUCAACACAAAUCUCUUAGAAUAGAUAGAAAACUAAACUUGUGAAGUUAUCCUCCAAUUGCAGAACACGAAGAACCAAUGGAAAUAUCAAGUUUUUUAAAUGUGAUGUUUUCUUUUCUGCAUUUAAUCUGAACAUUGUCACUGAAAAUAUAUUGUAAAUAAUUACUAUAUCAUGGUACCUGUUAUACUUGGGCACUUUUAAAUAUAGUAAAGGCCUUUUCUAUAUAUUUUAAUAAACAUUUUCAGAAACAGCCAGCUAUUUUUUUCAGUGAGCAAAUUUAAUGUAAUAAAUUAGUUUGCUAAAAUCAGUAAACUCGUGACUAAGUGGCUCCACAAACUGUAUUCUGUACAUUUACAAAAUAAUUCAAGUAAAAUCAUCUGGAGAAUGGCACAAAGGUGUGACUUGUUUCAAUUAGUUUCCUUCAAAUGCAUUUUGAAGCGUGAUUAUGCUUUAAUAGAUGAUCAAAUAUGAUUUAUUCAUUAAUCUUAUUUUCUCUUGAUUUCUGGCAUGAAUCAGUGAAAAUUUUUCACCAUAUAGCAAUACAAAUCCUUAUAGAAUGCCAGUUUCAGUUUUUUAAAAAAGCACAGUCAUUAUACCAAAGUAGAAAUAUAAAAGUAUCAGUUGUCAUAUUCAUAUCAUUGCACAAAAGAAUUGAGCUGCAAGUAAAUGCAAAUUUUAAAAUAUUUUUCUAAUUCAUGUAAUGCUGUACUUUAAUUUCAUUCCUUAAAAUGAUAAUGAACAUGUGGCUUAUAUCUAUUUCUAGUGUAGCGAUUUCCAAUUGGCUGUAUAUUUUGUUACAGUGAUAUGUUGACUGAGAAGGUGGGAUGAGACCUGCCUUGCGUAUGUACUCUGGCAUACUUGUUGGAAAUAAUCAGGGCGCUUUCUGAGACAAAAACUCUGUAUUUUCUUUGCAUUUGCCAUUGUACCUGUCAAUUAAAGAUGCAAAUAGGAUUAAAUAGCAUCCCAAGAAAGGAGUCUUACCACUGAAAAUCUGGGUAUUUGUUUUCCACUUAAUUAAUGGAAGGCCAAAGUGGGUGUUCUUUUUGAAAUGUUAGCUUGAGUGCUCUGACUUUGUCUCCUAAAAGCCUAUUUCAACUUUGCCCCUUUGAACUGAAUUCUUCCUUGUUUCCCUUUUCUUUCUUUCCUAUUCCUCUGUCCUUUUCUGUCCCAGUGAUAACCAAAGUAGAAGGUUCUUAUUGAACUUUUUCUUUUUUUCCUAUUGCAUGAGAAAGGUUAGAGGGAGUUUGCAUAUUAUUGCUGAGGAAAAGUAGCAUGACUCAGAUUUUGAAGCUCUUAAAAAUCAUUUACCAAGAGCACAUGUGGGGUUAGAGAGCUCUGUGUCUCAACAACUGGUCAGCAGUGAGCUGCCUUAUUCUGUCCCACUGUUGUUGCGAUGGGAAGGGAGGAGGUCAGAAGGGCCCCAAGGGCAGUAACUGGGAGACCAGAGGCACUAAAGGUUCUCCAAGGAAGACUCCACUGCCAGACGGCCAUUUUUCCAGUGUAUAAAGAACUGCUUUCAUUAAUAUAAGAUAUGAAGCACUAUUUUUUUUCAAAUAUAUUUUAUUGAUUUUUUACAGAGAGGAAGGGAGAGGGAUAGAGUCAGAAACAUCAAUGAGAGAGAAACACCGA